AAAAUCUAAGUUUCUGUGAUUGGACUCAGUAUCGGCAGGUAAUCAAAAGUAGAAUACUCGGAUUGGGUCCAAAAAACAUUUGUGUCCAGAAGGUAACGCACAACUUGCGAAAACUUGCAAAAACUCUCCCGAGACUCGCUGCCUAACGACAUAUCCUAACCUUAACCAUCAACCAAGAGAGUUUCACAGUUUGUGGGUUACCUUCUACACACAACCCCAAAAAACAUUAUCGGACAUCCCUACUUGCUCUGCACAUUUCUGGUGUCUUUUACUUGUCUUCAGUGCCCCCCUGAGAGUAAAAACUCAAAAUAUUGAUCAUCAACAGAGUGGCAGUGUGUGGGGAGUUGGCUUCCUCAGUUUCAUAAAGAGCCAGUGAGUCUGCAGCCCAACAAAGACAACAUGGACACCACAACAGGAGCACAAACAAGGUUGUAGAUUUUGGCGAGCUGCUGAGUCUUGUUGUUAAGAUGUGUGAUCAGAAGAAUGGCAGUGACCGCGGCGAGAUGUUAAACAGUGAUGAUACGGACGAGCUGUCAGCCAGUGAUGAAUCUGAGCCUGAAGAACGACCCAGCGGUGCUCCCUUUGACCCAGAGCUGGACGACGACGAUGAUGAUGAUGACGAGGAGGCUGUGAUCACUGCUCCAGUUGCUGGACACAGAGCUCAGAGUUCAUUCAGUCUGAGAGGAGGGGGCUCAGCUUUCUCAAACCGCAGCCACAGCAUCUUUGAAUGCCUGGACAGUGUUGCCCGGCUGGCCUCCUCCUCUCUGAGCCCGGAUAACGUUACGGACGGAGUGUUUGCUCGGCCUCUGCCUCCACGUCCCAGCAGGAAGACGAUCCGGCCUCCGCCCAGCUGCCCCACACCAGCGAAGAAGAAAGGAGUCCCGGACUACCUAGUGCACCCGGAGCGCUGGACCCACUACAGUCUGGAAGAUGUGCCCGAGACCUGCGAUCAGGGCAACAGCAGGGCGGCUCACAACUUCCUGUCCAGUCUGCAGCAGACAAAGGAGCAGCAGACGAAGGAGAAGCAGACGAAGGAGCAGCAGGAGAGCCGGAGCGAUACCUCCUGUAACGUCGGGGAGAAGAUGAUCUUCUCCAGACCCAGCGGGCUGCUGAAGGAACAACCUGCUAAUCAGCUGUCAUCUGUUAGCGGCAAAGAGAAGGAGACUCGCCUCAGUCAUCUGGAGGAGGAGCACGAGGAUGAGGACGGCAAGGAGAAAGAGAAGGCUGGAGGAAGGAGAAUAGACCAGAGUGUAGAAAAGGCUGAGGAAAGGGCGAGAGAUGAGGAAAAAGACACAAGGGGAGCAAUGGGUCGACCAGACGAGAAGAAACCGGUGCAGAAAGAAAAAGAAGAAGAGGAGGAGGAGGAGGAUAUGGAAGAGGUCAACCCCGCCUUCACCUCCUUCAGGAAGACCAAGCGUAAGAACUACAGGAAGGGCUCAGGGCGAGAGGACAACUGACCACGACACAGCCCUGUUAGUUUAUCUGUGCUAAUGUCAGCAUGCCGCCGGCCUAACUAGCUUACCGCACAGUGAAGUAAGCUGAUUUUAAAUCCAAGGACGAGGAGUAUUUCAUUAGCUGGCGACAUGUUGGGUUACAAUGUUAAAAAAUGUUAAAAACCUUUUUACAUGGUUCUCUUUUUAAAAGGAGUCCACUGGAAACAUUAAGAAAGUCAGCUGGAGACAGUGUUGUCAACUUACUCAUGGAGCUAACGUAAGCGUAAUUAAUUAGGUAGCUGCAGUGACCGUUUUCAUUUCAGGAGGCAGCAUCAACAGUCGUCGGCUCAAAAUGAGAAGCUGCUCCUGUCUCAACCCUAUCUCUUGCAAAACACCGUUCCCAUACAUCUAAACUGCAUUCUCAAUUACGUUUCGAGGGAAAACUUUUUCUCCCGGAUUACGGUCACAGUUUUAAACACGUGGUUACCGUAAAUUUAAACAAAACCAAACAAAAAGGUCAAAAACAUCAUGGUUUGGCUUAAGAUAGGUAAGUUCGUUACGUUAUUUAAAGGUGCCAAAUGCAAGAUUGGGAGUAUUUCCGUUGCCUUCGCACGGCUCUCAAAAUGCCGACGGCUGAGCCGACAGCUUGCAGCUAACGGCGCUAACAACACUAACAGUGAAACAUACAACAACAGUGUUAACCCCUGGGGGAACAACAGGCUGGGCGCUAUGCUUCCACGACGAGCUGUAACCGCGCAGAGCGGCGGCCAUGAGCUAGCCAGUGGGGCACGCUCACAUGCACUAAAAGCACAGAGAAGCUCUGAUUCUAACACACAAAGAGAGACUUCAUUCUCUGCUCAGGCAGACAUUACUCCUCUAUAUCUUUACAUAGACAAUAUUAGUUGAUGAAAUAUUAAUGCUCUGAAUAUCGUAUAGAGAACCUUUAAGUUACGGACGUAAAUUAAGAUAUAAGUCAACGUUGAUUUUUGGUUUCACACGGGACAAUAACAGCGAUCUCCUGGAUGGAAGUCCUGUGUGUGUGCUUGACCUGUCCUGACCUCCUCUGCAGACUAUGACCAGAAACGUGUUUGUAAUAUGUAGAAAAACAAACGUAAUCCAUAAGAAAAUAUGUUUCCCUUGAAACGUAAUUGACAAUGCAGUUUCAUUGUAUGUGAACAUAGUUUUUAGGAGACCAGGCUGUCUGUCUGAAAUCAAAGACCCAUUGUUUAAAAAUGAAUAUGAAUUGAGAUGGUAAUUCUGCUGCUGUGAACUGUAUGUGCUGACAAUGAAAGAUUGACAGGUUAGCAACAGUCAGUAAUGGGGGCGAGGAAUCAUCAGCUGAAUCCAAAUCAGCCUGAAAGACAAAAAUGAAAACUCUUAUUUUUUAUUUUGAAUAAAGGAAUUAAAAUGAAAGAACAUGAACACGUGAGAACAUCCUGUUUACACUUAGCUGAUCAAACUGGGGAGGGAAAUUAGAACCAGUGUAGGAAUUUCAAACUGUUAGUGUUUAUCUUUAUUUGAUUUAAAUUUCUCGUUGCAUGUUCUGUAAAAUGGAAUAGUCGCAAUAAAAAAAAAUUGAUUUGUA